CCACUGUCAGAUCCAAUAAUAGCCCCCCUCAUUGGACCUGUGACUCACCUAAUCGCUCCCACCUGACCGUCAUACUCGCCCUCGGCCUCGGUCUCGGUCUUCGGAUACAGCUUACCCGAUACUGACAAACCCGAAUUGAGACAUAUACCACCCCGAUGAACGAAAAGUCUAUAUAACGCCGUAAUAUACCACUGUAGCACCUGUGCAACCCACCAUCAGCAUCACCCUCACCCACACCCUCACCAAACCAACAGCAACGCAACAGCAACGCAACGCAACAUGUCCCCCCUCAUCGGCCUCAUUACCUGCAGCCAGAGAUCCCCUAGAGCAGGUCCCCAAAUCACCACCUUCAUCCAAACCACCAUCCUGACAUCCCACCCAACCGCCAACCUCAACAUCAUCGAUCUCGCGGAAUGGAAUCUCCCCAUGUACAACGAACCCGGGAUCCCCUCGUACAUCACCUCCGCGGAUGAAUACGUGCACGAACAUACCAAAGCCUGGUCGAGAGAAAUCGCCCGCCACGACGCAUUCAUCUUUGUCACCCCACAAUACAACUGGGGCUAUCCGGCAAGUGUGAAGAACGCGAUUGAUUAUCUGUUUCAUGAGUGGAAGGGAAAGCCGGCGUUGGUGGUGAGUUAUGGGGGCCACGGGGGCGGGAAGGCGGCGGGGCAGUUGAGGGAGGUGUUGCUGGGGGUGAGGAUGAGGCCGUUGGAGGCGGAGAGGAUGGUGCAGUUGAGGUUUCCGGAUCGGGAGGAGGUGAUUAAGGCGGCGCGGGGUGGGGAGAUGGGGUUGGAGAAGGAGGGGGGGUUCUGGGCGGGGGAGAGGGAGGGGAUUAGAGUUGCUUUUGCGGAGUUGGUGGAUGCCGUUGAGGCUGUGGACGGAGAGGGUGCUUAG